UUACCUCUUGAGGGCGCUUUUCAAGUAGCGCAUGCAGUUGACUUUCACGACAAUUUUACACAGUGAUGAAUUCUAAGACCUUUGCGAUUCUUCCAGCUGGUGGUUGUGGACAGAGGACAGGUCUGGACAUCCCUAAACAAUAUUGUGAUGUAUUAGGCCGACCUCUUAUAGUUUACACUCUAGAAAGUUUCCAAAGACUCAGUUGGAUCGAGAAAAUACUUGUAGCCGUUUCCCCAGAAUGGGAAGGCCACAUGACAGAGCUGAUUCAGCGCUACAAAUUCACCAAAGUCGGCCUUGUGAAUGGCGGAACAAGCCGGCAUCGCUCGAUCCAGAAUGGCGUGCGGCAUCUGCAGGAUCACAUUCUGAAGGGAUUGGGAGGUGCACAUCUGAGAGAGAACGGGAAGGUGUCCUCUGAAGAAGAGCCGGUGGUCAUUGUACAUGAUGCGGUCAGGCCAUUUGCAGAUGAGGACAUCUUAAGGAAGGUGGCUCUCGCUGCCAAGGAACACGGGGCUUCGGGAUCCGUUCUUCCAAUGGUAUCCACCAUUCUUGAGAGCGAUCCACACGAUGUUCUCGUCCAGUCAUUGGUCAGGUCAACGUUGAGAGAGAGUCACACUCCCCAGGCCUUCCAGUGGUCAGUUCUUCAUCACGCCUAUCAAAAGAUAUCGGAGCAUGACCUAGACCAUGGAACCGAGGUCUUGGACCUGGCCUUAAAAUAUACAGGCUGCAGAGCUAAGUUAGUUGAAGCACCUGACUAUGUUUGGAAGGUUACCUACAGGAAGGAUCUUGUAGCAGCUGAGUCAUUAGCCAAAGUGCUUUGGUCAGAGGUUUAUCUCAUAAACAGCGAUCCCUUAUCAAGCAAGGUCUUCAAUAAUCUUGCUAGUUGUUUAGCGUCACGCAACUUGAAGGUCUCGGUUGUGCCAACGAUGCCAGAUGCUGUUAGAUAUGUUCAUACCACCGUUGUUCUCCAUUCGAUCAAACCAGCACAGGAAGAAGCGACUAUGAAAUGUGAAGAGAGUUUGGAUGCCUUAGUCUCCAAACCAGACUGCGAUGGCCUCCUGGCAUGCAUGUGCCACCUGCAGGAUGACAGUGACAGGACACUCGGGACCUACAGACGGCUUGCAAAGAGACUAGAUGCUCGAGGAAAAGACAAGAGGGUUCUAGCAUUCCUGGUUGUCUACACAACUACACAGGAAAAGGAGCAGCAAACGUUAUCAAGAGUCUGUGAGAUGACAGCGACUUUGAUAUUUGACAGGAAUCCCCUGAUGAGCGGCCAACUCUUUGUGGUCUCUGACCGAGAUUAGAGCGCCCGCUUUCCUCAUCAUCAGAAUCCCGGACCAUGUACCAGUCAGAACACUAAGGACUUGGCAGCUUCCUAGGAGGAUUGUGUAUGAGGUCAGAUCAAGACGUUGAGCUUCUUGACUCAUAAAUAUUUGAACCAGCCAGCUGACCCAAGGAAGCGCUCUAGUGCUUUUGACAUCUGCACUUCUAACCAGUUGGUUAUGGGUUCAAGUCCCACCUGAGCCAGCUUGUGAUUAUGUCUUCAUAGCUCUAUUAGACAUCUCUGAGCAGUGCUUACAUGUAUCUUCUUCUGUCGAGUUGUUGCUCAUAUAGGAGGGCAACCAAUUUGUCAGCCAUCUUGUCGCCUGAUGACGGGAGUUGGCCGAUUUGCAUCCUGUAUGCGUCAGUGGCAGUUGGCACCCUCCCCCUUAUGUGAAUGCGGAGAGACACGGACGACCGUCCACGUAAUUGAUGACUGCCCCUGGACUCUCCUCCAAAUGGACGAAUCGGACUGGAGUCUUUAGCUCCACCUUCAAGAAGAUGGCUGACUAAUAUUUGCUCUGAUAUAUGAGCAACAACUCCAAAGAAGCAGUGCUUAUAAACUUGCAUCAGUGCAGGGUAAAGAUGUGCAUUGGGUCAGGUUAACCACGCCCAAGCAGAUCCUGAAAAUUUGAAGAUGGUAACCAAAUCCGAACCCAAGCGUGUUGUCACUUGAGGAGUGAUUUUUUCCUCUUUUUAUCCAUGUUUAUAUACAUGUACGUGUGCAAAGUGUUUUCAGCUUUGAAUGAUGCUCAUUAUUCGUUCACUCUUGCCAUUUUUUACCAAGUUUAUAUUUGCAUAUGCAUAUUUAUUUGUAUUCUUCUUCUACCACACUUGAUGGAAGUUACAUUUUAGUGGUCACUUGUUUUUUUUUCUUAUACUGGUUAGUUAAUGUCAUAUUUAUUGAAUAGUUUAACAAUUUGUACAAACUUAUUUAUUUUGAAUUAAUUUCAUUUUUUUGAAACCCACAAUACAGGUUGUGUAUCAUGGCAUGCGCAAAAACCA